AUGGUUGUAAUCCGCAUUCAAACUCCCGAGGGCCAAAUAAGGGCAAAUAUGGAGAGCACUGCUACUGUGAAAGACCUCUUCCGCGAGAUCAGCAAUAUGCUUUCGCUGUCCUUGAAGGACGUUGCAAACGCUCUGUACUUUGACGUCAAGUAUACUAACCUGGUUUAUUCCCACGACAUCCAUUCAGCAGACCUAUUAUCUAAGCACUCAUCUCUGCAGCAUGGCGCCCUUUUAUAUUUGAAGAUGGAGCGAGAUUUGGGGAGCGAUAGUGACAGUGACAGUGAUAGCGUAAGCCCGGAGGCCUUGUUCCGCAACAUCAUGUCUCUUAAGGAUCUCCCUCGUCCCCCAACAAAAGGGAAGCACUGUACACACGACUCUACCAUGCGAUGCACACGCUGCUACAUGGAGUGGGAGGAUGCGUUUCUCAAGUACAUAGGGAAGACUCGCGAGGACCUCCAGAUGAAUGAGCACAUCAGGGCCAGCGAAACUGACGCUAUGGAUGCGGCAGCGGCAGCCUUCGAUCCGUGGUCUACAUCUCCGGAUUCGAAGUCGGGGACGCACAGUCCUCGAAAGGGCCUACAAAGCUAUCAGAGCGUGAAUAAUAUCCAGCACCUUAAAGAUAACAUAACCAAGUUCCAGCUGAAUAUUGAGCGCCAGAAAAAGGCGCUGGUUGCGUGCCUUUCUGUGUCGGAAACGCAGAUGAUGGAGGUGCGCAAGCUGGUGGAGGAAUCAAUGUAUAACCGGAACUUUUACGGAGUCAUGUACGGCCGCUAUGAAUACCUUUCGGAGGCUAACAGGCUCGAGGCUAACGUGUUCAUAGAGUGGAUCUACAUCCCACCUCAGGAGUGCAUAGCUGGGACCGUCGUUGUACUGUCGGACCCGUGCAGCAAAGCAAAGAAUAAAGCGGCUGAGAAAAUUGCCAAUGCAUUUGGCUUAAUAAACAUGGGCCACACCUUCACCCAUUUUAACGAUCGCGGCUUUAUCCUGUCUGGAGCCGAGAUAGGCUCGCUUGCUGUGCGGACGGCAAAGUUAGAGGCCCGUGGCGCUGAGCACGCCAAGUUUAUGACAAACUUGCGCGGCUGUAUCGACAAGACCCGCAAAGAGUUAGUUCUCGACGCUUUUGCAGCAUCGCGACAGCUUGUGAACCUCGCGCGUAACAACAUCCUCGUCGAAAACAAGGUGGAGGACCCUGGCAACUUUGUUCGCUUCAGUGAAAAGCAGAUCUUUGAACUUAAGGCAUCUGAGUUGGUGGAUGCUGUAUGUUUUCUUGUUCCCGUGGCUGUCACGACACACAAGGAUAUCAUCACCACGAUGAAGACCAAGAUAUGCUCAUCAGACUUUCCGAGCCUGGGGAGUCCCUGCCCACCGACUCUGCACGACGUCGCCAGCUAUAUCUCUAUCCAUAAGUCACAGAAGCUGAGUGAGGUAUAUGCCAAUUGUAACUACCUAGUUUAUCUUACUGACAUUAUCUCUAUUGAGGAGGUCAUAAUGUUGAUAGAUUUGAUAAAGAGGGGUGCGCCUAAUGAGUCAUUUGAAGAAAUUGAUAAUAUCAUAAAGGGAACGGUGAAUGCAACCCUCGUGUGA